AUGAAAUUUAAUGUGAGAAAAUGUGCAGUUUUAUGUCGGAUGAUAAUUGCAUCAGAACAAUUGUUCAUCGUUUGUUGUCUGCAUCAUUCUCGUUGCAAUUCCAUCAUUCAACAUCAUGAUUAUGACGAGACUAUCUGUUUUUAUCACUUCGAGGGGAGAAGAGAAAAUAACGACAGUCAAGUGACUUGGCAUAUCGAUGCAGUAGAUCACAUGAUGAUCAAAAGAAUUUAA